CUUUCGUCCUCGCGUCCAAGAUGGCGGAGUACGACUUGACCACUCGGAUCGCGCACUUCUUAGACCGGCAUUUGGUCUUCCCGCUCCUCGAGUUCCUUUCUGUUAAAGAGAUAUACAAUGAAAAGGAAUUACUUCAAGGAAAACUGGAUCUCCUUAGUGAUACCAAUAUGGUGGAUUUUGCUAUGGACGUCUACAAAAACCUUUAUUCUGAUGAUAUUCCUCACGCUUUGCGUGAAAAGAGAACCACAGUUGUUGCACAGCUGAAACAACUUCAGGCAGAAACUGAACCAAUUGUCAAGAUGUUUGAAGAUCCAGAAACGACCCGACAGAUGCAGUCUACUAGGGAUGGUCGGAUGCUCUUUGACUACUUGGCGGACAAGCAUGGUUUUAGGCAGGAGUAUCUAGACACGCUUUAUAGGUAUGCAAAAUUCCAGUAUGAGUGUGGCAACUAUUCAGGAGCAGCAGAGUACCUCUACUUUUUUAGAGUAUUGGUUCCAUCAACAGAUAGAAAUGCUUUGAGUUCUCUCUGGGGAAAACUGGCAUCCGAAAUUCUGAUGCAGAACUGGGAUGCUGCCAUGGAGGACCUUACAAGAUUGAAGGAGACUAUUGACAAUAAUUCUGUCAGCUCUCCGCUCCAGUCUCUUCAGCAGAGAACGUGGCUCAUCCACUGGUCUCUCUUUGUUUUCUUCAACCAUCCAAAAGGGAGAGACAACAUCAUUGACCUCUUUCUCUAUCAGCCCCAGUACCUUAAUGCAAUCCAAACAAUGUGCCCACAUAUUCUUCGAUAUCUUACUACAGCAGUGAUAACAAACAAAGAUGUUCGAAAGCGUAGACAAGUAUUGAAGGACUUGGUCAAGGUUAUUCAGCAGGAAUCCUAUACCUACAAGGACCCGAUAACUGAGUUUGUGGAAUGUUUAUAUGUAAAUUUUGACUUCGAUGGAGCACAGAAGAAGCUAAGAGAAUGUGAAUCGGUUCUUGUGAAUGACUUUUUCUUAGUGGCUUGUCUUGAAGACUUCAUUGAAAAUGCUCGCCUCUUUAUAUUUGAGACCUUCUGUCGCAUCCACCAGUGCAUCAGCAUCAAUAUGUUGGCAGAUAAGCUAAAUAUGACUCCUGAAGAAGCUGAGCGAUGGAUUGUGAAUUUAAUUCGGAAUGCAAGACUGGAUGCCAAGAUAGAUUCAAAACUGGGCCAUGUAGUGAUGGGGAACAAUGCAGUGUCACCUUACCAGCAAGUGAUUGAGAAGACCAAAAGCUUGUCUUUCCGGAGUCAGAUGCUGGCUAUGAAUAUUGAGAAAAAACUUAACCAGAGCAGUAGGACUGAGGCACCUAACUGGGCUACUCAAGACUCGGGCUUUUACUGAAACACUUCUGAAGAAGAAAGGCAAUUUCCAUUUGAUAAGGACAUACUUUAAUUACGUACUGUUUUGAAGAGGGUGGUAAUUAUGUGAACUUCGCAGCACAUUAUUUGAAUAAAAUUGGCUACUUUUAA